CUCAAGAUGGCUGCCCCCAUCAAGAUGACCGGGGUGUGCCGGGGGAAAAGGGGCAGCAUGAUAAUCUGAGACGGCUAACCCCGGCCCCUCCCCUGUUCUCUGGACUGAAAUGGGGAACACACUGGGCCUGGCACCGAUGGGGGCUUUGCCCCGCCGGAGUCCCCGUCGAGAGGAACCUCUGCCCAACCCUGGGAGCUUCGAUGAGCUGCACCGGCUAUGCAAAGAUGUGUUCCCAGCACAGAUGGAGGGAGUGAAGCUCGUUGUCAACAAGGUUCUGAGCAGCCAUUUCCAGGUGGCUCACACUGUGCAUAUGAGUGCCCUGGGCUUGCCAGGCUAUCACCUCCAUGCGGCCUAUGCAGGGGACUGGCAACUUAGCCCCACCGAGGUGUUCCCCACUGUGGUAGGGGAUAUGGACAGCAGUGGCAGCCUCAACGCCCAGGUCCUGCUCCUCUUGGCAGAGCGGCUCCGAGCCAAGGCUGUCUUCCAGACGCAGCAGGCCAAGUUCCUGACGUGGCAGUUUGAUGGCGAGUACCGAGGAGAUGACUGUACAGCCACUCUGACCCUGGGGAAUCCCGACCUGAUUGGGGAAUCGGUGAUCAUGGUGGCUCACUUCCUGCAGAGCCUCACCCAUCGGCUGGUGCUGGGAGGAGAGCUAGUUUAUCACCGGCGGCCAGGCGAAGAGGGCGCCAUCUUGACACUGGCUGGGAAGUACUCGGCGGUACACUGGGUAGCGACACUGAAUGUGGGAUCAGGUGGGGCCCACGCAAGUUAUUACCACAGGGCAAACGAACAGGUCCAGGUUGGAGUGGAAUUUGAGGCCAACACAAGGCUACAAGACACAACCUUCUCCUUUGGUUACCACCUGACUCUGCCCCAGGCCAACAUGGUGUUUAGAGGCUUGGUGGACAGUAACUGGUGUGUGGGUGCUGUGCUGGAGAAGAAGAUGCCCCCCUUACCUGUCACCCUAGCCCUUGGAGCCUUCCUCAAUCACUGGCGCAACAGAUUCCACUGUGGCUUCAGCAUCACUGUGGGCUGAGGGGGUCCCAGAGCCAGCCCCCACAGACGCUGGAACCUCCAAGUCAGGUGCCCUAGGGCCAGAGACUAGGCCCCCUCUCCAGAGCCCACCUUGCCGGGUGACCUGUGGGUCCCAAGAGCAGAGUCGGGGACAGGACCGUGCCCUCCUCCGAACUGGAGCUCCCACAGGGGCAGCUGCUGCGGCAGUGGUGUGAGGCCCCCACCUCUGCCACCGGCCCCAGGCUCCUCUUCCCAUGCUCUUGUGGCUCUGGACUAAGGGAGGAGGAUUAAGGGGUGUGUCUGGCCAACUUUUCUCCCCUCACUUCCCCCCCUCUCCGUUUCCCUAUCGAUUAAAGCUCCUAGCUUCUUCCUCUUCAAAGCA